AAAGCGCAACCCUGGCACAUAAUGAGCCCCAGUGAAUGGUCGUCGUUGCUGAUGAGCAUCUUUUAUCUCGCAAAGGACUUCUUCCCAUCACCCGGGUCUUCUGCCAUGUCCGACCCCAUCACACUGAAUGUCGGCGGAAAGCUCUACACAACCUCACUGGCAACCUUGACCAGCUUCCCCGACUCCAUGCUAGGUGCCAUGUUCAGCGGGAAGAUGCCCACCAAGAGGGACAGCCAGGGCAACUGCUUCAUUGACCGUGAUGGCAAAGUGUUCCGCUACAUCCUCAACUUCCUGCGGACCUCCCACCUGGACCUGCCCGAGGACUUCCAGGAGAUGGGCCUGCUCCGCAGGGAGGCUGACUUCUACCAGGUGCAGCCCCUGAUUGAGGCGCUGCAGGAGAAGGAGGUGGAGCUCUCCAAGGCGGAGAAGAAUGCCAUGCUCAACAUCACCCUGAACCAGCGAGUGCAGACGGUCCAUUUCACUGUGCGCGAGGCACCGCAGAUCUACAGCCUCUCCUCCUCCAGCAUGGAGGUCUUCAAUGCCAACAUCUUCAGCACCUCCUGCCUCUUCCUCAAGCUCCUCGGCUCCAAGCUCUUUUACUGCUCUAAUGGCAAUCUCUCCUCCAUCACCAGUCACUUGCAGGAUCCCAACCACCUGACUCUGGACUGGGUGGCCAACGUGGAGGGCCUGCCAGAGGAGGAGUACACCAAGCAGAACCUCAAGAGGCUCUGGGUGGUGCCAGCCAACAAGCAGAUCAAUAGUUUCCAGGUCUUCGUGGAGGAAGUGCUGAAAAUCGCUCUAAGUGACGGCUUCUGCAUCGAUUCCUCUCACCCGCACGCUCUAGAUUUUAUGAGCAAUAAGAUUAUUCGAUUAAUACGGUACAGGUAAAAGGACCCCAGCCACAUUGGAGGGGGGUUGCCAAGAAGGUCCAUGUCAGAGCGUCUCACCAAUGGUGUGAGCCAGGGCACUCUACUAAUCUGUAUUAAUCACGUAGCAGGACUUGAUUCCCCCGAUGAUGCAGUCUAGUUGUAGGAAUCCAUGUGUCCUCUCAACAGAACCACCUGUUUUCUUGCCAUUUUGAGCUGGAGAUGGGCAGUCUGUUAUGACAAGUGAAGAGUCUGCUGAUGUGUCCUAAAGGAGGGCACAGGAGGACUUUCUGGCUAGACAGAGGAGCAGCACUUCUAACAUGGACUCCACCUCUCUAUAUACGACUAAGCAGUGCCUCACUUACCCAUCUGAAUAAGGGAAUGAGGUGAGAACAAGAUGCUCCCUUCAGUUUCCCAGGAUAAACUACCCAGAGACCCCUAUCACUCCUGCUCCUCCAUCCGAGGAUGCAGCCAGGACUUGGAUUUGUUUGCCCAAGGGCGACCAUGUUAACUGGCUUAGGAAAGUAGUAUGUUCUCAAAGCUGUAUUAGCCCCACUGGGGGAGAGAUUUGAGCUGUGGCAUGGCCUAGAGCAGCGAUCGCCAACCGGUGGUCCGUGAGGUCCGAAAGGUUGGUGACCGCUGGCCUAGAGGAGUGAGCAUCCACGCAGCGUCAGAAGAUGGGGAAUAACCCUUUUGACUGGAUCAACUCUAAGCAUUGGGAGAUUUUUGGCUUCAGAAAUGGGCUUCUGUCCCUGUGAAGGCUUGAAAAUCUGGAGCCAGUGCAAUGAAAGGCACCUCAUACUAUGGCCUGUUACCUGAUUUUUGUAAUCCUUUCCCCAAGAAUUUAAGGUAUCACUGGGACAAGUUAUUUUAAACAAAUAUAUUAUGGACUCUCAGGGUUGGAAAAUAAUUCAACAGUCGCUUAGUCCUCCCUCACCCAAGCAUACCCCAGGACAUUUGGGGACCAGUUCCUUUCCCCAGUACCUCCAAGCAAUCACCUAUCCCUGCUUACAUACCUCCAGUGACAGGAAGCUCAUCAUCCCUAAGGCAGGCCCUGCUGUGGUUGGCUAGUGCUGGCUAUUAGAAUGUUCUUAUAUUGAGCCAAAAUCUGCCCUUCCACUCCCAUUUUCUGGUAUUGGUUCUAUUUUCUGGUUCUUCUCACCCAAAUAUGUAUUUUCUCUUUCAAAAUAGUCACCUUGAGAGACCAGACACUCAUGAAAUUAUUAGGAUUCCCCUUUGGGAUCUGUCUUCAGAACCAAGGUUAGCCCUCUUCCAUCCUCUGUAAAUCUACCACAUUUUGUUCUGGCUUUGCCUCCUUUGUGACCCCCAUUUCACCCACCUUCCUGACUAGCCACAACUCCAGAUACCCUCUGACCAUCUUCUAUUGGAGGAUGAAGAUUUGCCGGCCCUGAGGAAGUGCUGCCAGAGGAAGCAGACCAGGGUUUUGGAAAGCAGUGUGCAGCGAGGAGCCCUAGAGUGGUCUGAACCAUAACACUGCCCUUGGACUAAGUGUCCAUCCCUGAGACACUGCUCUGAAGGAGGUGGCCUUCCCCUGUAGUACUGUGUCUGGUUAGAGCCAGACCAUGGACCUCCUUGGGGUGAGAUCCAGGGCAAAACACCUCAAGCCACUACUUCCCAAGGGGUGAUGAGCAGUGCAGGCUUCAAAACUGCACAUUAUGAUUCAUCUCUAGAGUGAGUACGGCCUUGGGGGUCUCAGAAUCUUCCCUACUGGGUAAGGGUCCCCAGUUAAAGCCAGGAAAGCCUGGUGGCACAGGCGCCCACGAGAGAUGGGUCAAGGAAAGGUCUUCCCAUAAUAUGUUCUCUACGUAGGGAGCUUGUACACAGGGCCGUGGGCAAGGCCACAUCCCUUAGGUAAUACGGUCUCUUUCCCUCUACCGUGAGACCCAAGAAUCUCUGACAGCUGCUCCAGGCCCCCAGGCCAAUGGUACUCGAAUGGAAGCGAUGGCCACAACAAAACAGUUUAAGGAAGAAAUCUCAUAAAUGACCACUACCUUUUUUCCUCUCCAUAAAAAUUUUUUCUCUCCAUCUUUUCGGUGCUUCUUCAUUCAAGCAGCUUGACUUUAGAGAAAGUACAGGACCUAUGAAGCCACUCAUGUGCUGUGUGACUUUAUGCAGGUCACUCACCUCACUAAGACACCUGUUUCUUCAUCUGUGAAAUGCACAUAACAGUAACACAUAACCCUACCUACCUCACAGGGCUGUUGUGAGGAUCAAUGAAAUUAUGUAUGAAUACCAUAUAAAUGACAA